CGGGGAAACCGCAUGGGGAGCGGCGGCGACAUGGGCCGGGGGCCGGGCCGGGGCCAUGGACAGAGACCGGGACAGGGACAAAAACCGGGCCGGGGCCAGCGCCAGGGCCAGAAACCGGGAUCGGCACCAGUACAGAGAUCGGGACCGGGACCGGGGCGGGGAGCGGCCGCCCCGCGCCGCGGCAGGAAGGAGAAGAAGAUGGAGAACAUGAAGCCCAAGCACCCCGACGAGCAGGAGAUGCCUUUCCGCCUGCGGGAGCUCAUCAAGAGCCGCGAGGCCAUGAAGCGCCCUGACCUCGGGAAGAGGCAGGCGGCAGAGAAGAAGCAGCAGCCCAAGUCGAAGGGUCCCAAGGCCCCCGGAGACAUCCCCGUGCGCAAGGUCAAGAGAGGGAAGAAGGAGUCGGAGCGCUCCUACAUCUGCCGGAUGGAGCAGGAGGUGCAGCGUGUCCUGUUCCUCACCAAGAACCAGCUGCAGCGGGAGCCUGAGAAGGAGGCGACGGCACCGGAGAAGUCCAAGAGAAAGAAAGAGUUUCAGAAUAAAAAGCUGGAAAAAGCACGGAGGAAGAAGGAGGAGAAGAAAGAAGCCAUGCUAGAGAAGAGCCUGUUCCAAGACACGGUGGCAUUCGGUGAAGUGGUUACGCAGCCGCCCACCAUCACCUCCCGGCCCAGGGGCCAGGGCCCCAUGGAGCAGGCUGGACGCAAGCGGCUCCUCCUGACGUCUCACCUGGGCCAGAGCCAGGUGUCCCCAGUGUCCCCAGCAGCCCCGGUGUCGAUGGCUCGCCGGCGCAUUGUGGAGGAGGAGAGAGCACGUGUCAUCCAGGCCUAUCGGGACAUCCAGAGGCGCAAACAGCAGCAGCGGGAGGCGGCGCAGGGCAGCCCCCGGGGUCCCAGGCACAGGGUCCCCCGCUGAGCUCAGCCUGGAGGAGCUGAGCCUCCCCCAUCCCCACGGACCCCAGGACUUGACAGGGAUGGUUGUCCCCAUGGUGCUCUUCUGUUGCUGAGCCCCACAGCCCCGUCACCUUGACUCGGGGCACCCCACAGGCUCAGUGCUGGAGCUGGGACCCCCACGGUGCCAUGGACAUGGUGGCAGUAAAAGUGCCAUUUGAGGGCUGAUGGCG